AUGUCGUUUUCCAGGCGUUGCAGCUCCAGGGCCUACCUGUCCUCUCUUUCACUCCUUGUGGUCGUCCUCUCCUCGUGGAAGGUGGACUCGUUUUCCUCUCCUCCACUUCGAGCAGCCCAUGUCAGUCAUCAUCCUAUCCCAUCACAACAACUGAACACUCAAUCAUCUCUAGCAAAUAUCAGACGACAUUCCCGAAUACCCUUGCGAACGGUGACAACCGAAGUGGAACUGGCAGAGCAAUAUGACCCGAAUGGAAUCGUGCCGGAAACCAAGUCCAUCACAGGUAGCAUGGCAUUCUAUGCCAGAUUUGUCAUUCAUGCCUUGGCGACAAGCCAAACCAAGAAACGCACCAGACGCAGUCAACGAAAACGAGGCGAGCGACGAAAAUCCUUCCGUGAAAACUUGGCCAAACUGAAUGAACAGCGCAAAAACUUGGUGGCGCUGGCGGGGUACAAGUCAUCCAUUGUCGUGCCGUCCUUUACAUUUUUGUUUUUGGGAGCCCUCAUGACCAGUAUUGUCCCUCAUUACGAGGCCAAGUGCAUUCAGCUGGUGGCGACGCUGCAUCCCUCGAGAACCAAAGUCGUCGAAGCCUUGGUGGGCUUGGUCUUGACCAGUUCACUGGCAUCACUCUUCACAGGAUUGAGAGGGAGUUUGUUCUGGUUGGCAGGAUCACGAGCAAACUAUAAUGUCAGAGUCAAAUUGCAUCGCAACUUGUUGCUUCAAGAGGCCGCUUUCUUUGAUUCGAAUGAAGUGGGAUAUUUGCUAUCUCGUCUCAACAAUGAUGUCAACAAGAUUGGAAACGUAAUAUCGUACCACGUGAACGUGGUCUGCCGACAACUUGCACAAUUCAUCUUUGGGUCGGUAGUCCUUUGGCGGAUAUCACGAGAACUGGCUCUCUGGGCGUUUGCCGGAGUGGGCUUGGUGGCCUGGAUUUCGGCCGUGUAUGGAGACUUUGCCCGUAUAUUGGCCGAAAAAGUACAGGAUACUUUUGCCGACUCGACGGCAGUUGCAGAAACAUCCUUGUCCAUGAGUGAAACAAUCCGCUCCUUUAACGGCGUGGAAGUCGAUUCCAAAAAGUACGAAGUCUCCCAGAGUCGCGCCCUGGAGCUGGAAGAAGUCCAGGCAUUUGCCUACGGCACCCACAAACUCAUUAGUGAUACCUUGCAGGCUGGCCUACACGCGGGUUUGCUGUUGGCGUGUUGGACACUUGGACGUUCCGGGGGAUUGCAAGCGGCUCAAUUGACAACCUUUAUGUUUUACACCAACUUUGUGCUCGAGAGCAGCAAUGAAGUGGGCGAUCAAUGGGCCAAAAUCCAAAGUGCUGUCGGAGCAUCCUCCAAUGUAUUCGACCUGAUACGGCGAAUCCCUGCCAUUAGAGAUCCUCCCGUUCCAAAGAACCAGGCGCUGGACGAGUCAACGAUUGUACCCACGGCUCCACCCAAACUGGUGGCCACAGAACAAAAGAAUGUGGCACUAGUGAAUGGCCAACAACAGUACCAGCAACAAUCUACAAUGAAUGGGCACAACCAAGAAACAACGAAACCCAUUAUUGAAAUGAAAAAUAUGACAGUGACCUACGGAGCCAUGUCCAAACCGGCCCUGGAUGGGGUUGACUUGGAAAUCUAUCCAGAUGACCGCAUUGCCAUUGUGGGAAAGUCUGGCAGUGGCAAAUCGAGCAUGCUGCGAGCCAUUCUGCGAUUUUACGAUCCCAGUUCAGGAUCCAUUCACCUCGACGGUGCAAACAUGAAUGAUCUAUCGCGAAAACAAAUUGCCAGGAUGGUAUCGGUAGUGGAACAGGAGCCUUCGUUGUUUCCCAUGUCUCUACUGGACAAUGUGUUGUAUGGAAUUGAAAAGGACAGUGUGGAUCCCGAAACAGGUGAACCAUGCUAUAGUGAAAGCUAUCGCAAGGCAGUGUACGAAUCCUUGCGCCUUUGCGGUCUGCCGGUAGAACCUGGCAAUGAUUUGUCGCUGGAAUUGGACACUCGAGUGGGUGAAGGUGGUCGUGCCCUUUCCGGUGGCCAACGCCAGAGAACCGCGAUUGCUCGAGCCAUUAUUCGUUCACCAGAAGUCCUUUUGCUGGAUGAGCCCACUGCUGCUCUAGAUUCUGAAAGCGAAAAGAAGGUGGUCAAGGCUCUUCAAAGAGCCAUGGCGCAUGCCAAGAGCAUGGUAAUGGUGACACACCGCCUAGGUGUUGUACGGGCCUUGGAUGUGAACCGAGUGAUUGUGAUGGAACACGGCAAAAUAGUGGAAGCUGCCCAUCCCGAGACACUGCUGCGACAAAAGGACAGCGUCUAUGCCAAGCUCGCCUUGGAACAAGGCAUCACAGCCUUGGAACAACAUGACGAAGAACACUUAGAAUGCCUGGAUAUUUCUCACCUGUAA